AUGGAGUCUGUUGCGAAUACCAAGCAGAUUGAAAAACUCAUUUAUACUGAAAAGGAAGUCUAUCAGCAAGAACAGAUGUUGCAUAAGGCAAUAUAUCACUCUAUUAGAAACAAUAAAAUUAUACGAAAAAAUGGGUUUUUAAACAUAUCCCCAAACCAAUUUGCCAUUAAGCUGGAAAAGAGAAAGUAUAUCUACUCAGAUUUUUCCAAGAUAGCACUUCCAGAAGAUUAUAAUUUGAAUUUAACAAUCAACUGAGAAGGAAGCAAAUUCAAACUGUACGAAGAAAUCCUUAUAAACAUCGGAAGGAACCGAUCUUGUAGGCUUGUUCUUGAAUGAAGAGAAGCAAUUAAUAAGGGAAUUAAUUACUCUUUCAUCAGAAAAUGUUUGAGACACUUUAAUGAUGAUAUGAUUGUGUUGAAAAUUAUAGGCAAAAGAAUCUCAGGUAAAAUCUUCCCAAGGCUGAUUCAGAAGUGCUGAAAGUUUAAAAAACUUGAGUUUAUGAAUUGUGUUUUUAUAAAUAUUCAGGAAAGCUGAUUUAUUGGAGCCAAUGCUCAAGUGAAAGAUCUUACUUUCAAUUACUGCACAAGCGUUGGUGGUGAAGGAUUUGCAGCUAGUGAAAGUGUUGAGCAUCUAGUAAAAUUAAUUUCAACCACUUCACUCAAAAAGUGCAUCAAGUCGAUCAGAUUUGAAAAUCUAACAGAGAAAAACAGAGUGAUGGCUUGAAGAGAAACAUAUGGACUGCAUCAAGUCAAGAUCUUGAUGUUUGAUUAUGAUUCGCUUGAUUUUGUAGAAUUGCAUUAA